UAUCGACUGCUCUGGCCUUGCGUCAUCGUCCCGGAAGUGGCGUCGCACAGUGGGGAAGAUGAUGAACUUGUCUGUAACCGUGUAGAGAUUGAGUGUGUUAUAUUUCUUCUCCCCCUGUAUGUGUCUGCUCUUUCUCUCGUCAUGAUUCCCGUGCCGCUCGUGGUGUGUGUUUUGUGCGGCUGGUGCUUCGUCUAUCUAACAGACGUGCUUCUGAAGCUGUCUGAGUCAUAUGGUCAUUGUUAUGAGAUGUGGCUAGGGUCAAAGGGUCUGUCUCUCUCUCCGUUCCACAUCCGCUGGCAGACCUCCCUCUUCAACCGCCUCUUCUCACGCUGCGCUCGCAUCAACCCACACGCCCUCUACCUCUGGUUUACCAGUGGUCUAGUGUUUGGGCUGGUGUCUAUGUGUGGUUCGGUGGUGCUGCUAAUUAGAACCCUGCAGCAGACUGUCCAUCAGAUGACAUCAGACCACCCUCAGGGAGCCAAUCAACAAACACUACAGGUGGUGGUCCCAGGUAUAAACCUGCCAGUCAGCCAGCUGGCCUACUUCUUCUCUGCUUUGCUGGUCAGUGGGGUCAUACACGAACUGGGCCAUGCAGUGGCAGCAAUAAGGGAGCAGGUACGUGUGAAUGGUUUCGGUGUGUUUGUGUUCGUGGUGUAUCCCGGAGCUUUUGUAGAUCUCUUCACCACACACCUCAACCUCAUCUCACCUGCCCAACAGCUACGCAUCUUCUGUGCAGGGGUGUGGCAUAACUUUGUGCUGUGUGUAGCAGCAUUGUGUUUCCUCUUCCUGUUGCCUGUCUUCUUGUUUCCUGUUUACUACACUGGGGCUGGAGCCCUCGUCACCGAGGUGGUGCAGGGCUCUCCUGCAGACGGUCCUAGAGGUCUGUCAAUAGGUGACAUGGUGACCGGGCUGGAGGAUUGUGAUGUCAGAACAGUAGAGGACUGGAACUCCUGUCUCACAAUCCACACUCACACACCUCAGACUGGAUACUGUGUCCCAACACACACCCUGCAACCCAGCUGGGCCCAUGGUCGAGUUUACAGGAGGUUGGAUACUUCCAUAGAAUGCUGCAGUAACAACAGUCUGACUGAUCUUUGCUUCUCCUACACCAAACUACAGGAGAAGGAGUAUGCGUGUCUCCCGGCUCGUAAGAUGCUGUCUGGCAGCCGUGUGUGUCGCAGCAACGCAGACUGCCUCACACACACACAUCUUGACACAGACCCAGACACACACUCACCCAGUGUCUGUGUCACACCUUCACUGGAGAACCAGACCAGGUUGAUCCGUCUUACUCAUCCACCCAAUACACAGAUGCUGUUUGUGGGGUACCCUCCUCACCUCCAAUAUGCAGUCAGUCUGACCAACUUUGCUCCUCGCUUCGGCUUCCUGAACCUGGACCUACCUGUUGUCAUGGAGACCUUCUGCAAAUACGUUGUGUCCCUGUCUGGAGCGUUAGCCGUGGUCAACUCUGUUCCAUGCUUCGCUCUCGACGGCCAAUGGAUGCUCUCCGCUCUGCUGGAGGCCACGCUGGUCACUGUGGUUACAGAUCGGCAGCACCGGGAGCUGAUUGGCUUUUUCCUGUUGCUGGGAGGAAGUGCUCUGCUGGCUGCUAAUGUAGCGCUGGGGCUGUGGAUGGUUACUGCCCGGUAACGGUAACUAUGACUACAAACCACCACCAACGCCUCCACGGCAACCAACGCCAAGAGACUAUCUCCCGGGGUGCUGUGCUGUGCCUCCGCACAAAGGCAUUGUGGGUCUCUUCCUGCUCCUCUCUGAGAGAAAGACUCCAGUUCCCAUCAGGCACUGCGGUGCACAUGGUGACUAAGGGAUGCUGGGGAAAUGUUGUGUUCAGCUGCACCUUCUCUACUCUCUGGAAUGUGUGUGUGUGUGGGUGUGUCGCGUCACACGCGCUGUGAAGAGGUAUGUGUUUCUGUUUUCUAGGGAUUUCAUGAUACUUUGUUGUUUUAUCUAUUUGUCCCACCUCUUUCUGUCUGUGUCUGUCUCUCAAUUUAAUUAAAGGGCUUUAUUGGCAUGGGAAACAUAUGUUUACAUUGCCAAAGCAAGUGAAAUGGAUAAUAAACUAAACAAAUUAACAGUAAACAUUACACUCACAGAAGUUGCAAAAGAAAGACAUUUAAAAUAUAUUGCUCUCUCCCCAUCUCUCUAUGUGAAAUAAAGAGGAAUUAUCUCACUGGAAUUUUCAGUUCUUCAUAUUCCUACGUGUGUGUGUGUGUGUGUCUAAGUAGGUGAUAGUGUAAUUUACUGGGGUGUGUAUCCCACAGACAAAUGUCAGUAAAUACGGAUUCUAUUUCUGUCUAACCACAGAGAUGCGUGUGUCUCCAGUCUGUGUUUAACUUUGUCAUGAUAACACACAUCUAGUAGUGUAUGUAUGUGUUUCAGACAGUGAAGUGUGUAGGGGGAUGGUGUAUUUCCUUCAGAGUAAUGACAGGCUGGAUAGAGGUUUGUAUAAACAUGGGAGGGAGGGGUGAAAGAGGUCUCUAUGUUCUGAACAACUGAAGGUGUGUUUGAUGAGUGGUUUUAGUUGCAAGGGAAGUCAUGUCUUUUUAAGGAUACUGGCCCAGCGUUUUUAACUGCUGAACUACCUGCCGCCCUCAUGCAGAAACCUCAUGGUCCCUUCUGUAUUGUGUUUGUACUGUUAGUGUCUGUCGAUGGUUAGACCAGUCACCUCUAUCCUAAGGCUACACCACUCUGGUCUGUCUUUUCAGAUCUGAUUACGUUUGAGACCAGAACAUCCCAGUGUCCAGAACAAGAAAUAAAAAAAUACAUGCAAA